AUGCGAGUUCCUGCUGAUGCUUCGCCGUGCCAGCAUCAAGACUUGUCUGUCGAUGAUGGUCAACACGGACAAAUCCAAGAGUCAAGAAAAGCACAUGACGAAACGAGGAUUGAAAAUGGAUAUGAAGGCCUGAAAUCAUCUCAAGUGUUAUGGAAGGGCAAGGAUCUUGAACUGGGAGUUAAGGCUGGCUUUGAGCAGAACAACUGGGACGUCCUUCGAUUUUCUGGCCGAGCUAAAGACCGAACCAAGCGGUCUAUCAGAUUUUUGACAGUUGAAUGUUUGCUCGCGGUCUGCUCCGACCCACAUCUCUGCCGGUUAGGUGUCCUGUCGCGUCGGCCCGUUAGGAGCUUCCGCUGCUACUAUCAGAAUUUGGGCCCUGUCCUCUAUGUCUACCAGCCGGAGCGCGUCUCUGAAGAGCUCUACAUCCUUGAGGAUGCAGACUUUCUGAUUCCCGAGACUGCAACUCAUGGAUUACAUCAUCCUAACCCUGGGGUAGCUUAUAUAUUUAAGUCUUUGAUCAUUCGAAAAUGGUUGAAGCUAGCCGGAACAAAAAAGGCAGAGGACAUGAUUGGCUUCUUUUAUUCAUCCAGCACAUUUUCCUCAGAGUAUCGACAAAAACUUGAGAAGGACAUUGUACGAUUGAGCGCCCUCAAAGCUGACCACGAAGUAAAGGGAAUCUCGCGGAACUCUAUCCGGCUAGGACCUCUGGCUAGAACCUCAAUUAGUGACGAUCUUGCAAUCAAAAUUGACCACGAUGGGUAUCGGAUGACCUGUUUCCUCGGAACACCAAAGAGUAGAAGCGCCGAAUAUUAUUCCGACCCAUGCCAGACGAAUCAACAGCCAAUCACUACUUCCGAAUUUAUUCUGGACACCCAAACCAGGGAGUACGUUCAAUCUCCUUUCUCAUCGAAUUCCACGAGCUUUUAUGCCCGAGCCAUGUUUAAAAAGACUAGGUCAUGGGUGAACAUCUUUGCCAAAAAUGGGCCUGGUGUUACCGCAGAAAUAGCUGCCCUUUCCUCACUGAGACACUACUUUCCAAGCGGCAUGCUACAAAAGGUUCUGGCAUUUGAUCCCGUCAGCAACUACGUAUUUUACGAGAAACACCAAGGACAGGUGCUAAGUGACAUCAGGAUCACUAUCUCCAAGGGAAUCGUGGAGGUUCCCUUCAAAUGUGCCCAAGAUGCAUUCGACUGGCUGGUUAGCGUCGAACUAGUCAGAGCAGAACAGGUUGCGGCAGUCCAGCUCAAUACCAUCCGCUCGGAAGCGACUAAAAAGGAGCAGUUAAUACAUCGGUUCUAUUACGACCGCUUACACUUGGACGGCCGGGCAUUAGAGUUUUAUGGCAUCACUGUUCCGGAGUUUUUCCAGACGGAAAUGAGGCGGUUAAGCUUUAAGGAAUUCAUGUCCCUGCCGUUGAUCAUCAACGGGCGGGAGCUUGACAGUUUGUAUCAUUAUUGUCGGCAAGCUGAGGCUAUCCUUAAUCCUCGAGGGCUUCAUCUCAUAAACUCCAGCGUUGCGGUAGGCCUUGGAGACGGACAUGGAGGUAAUGUUAUGGCUACGCUAGGAGGCCCUGCAAUCCGCCUCGUCGACUACGAAGUUGCCGGAUGGCACAACCCCGUGCUCGACCUAGCCAAACCAUUGUACAACGAUGCGUUUUUCGCCAUCCUUUAUAGUGAUUUGAUGGAUCAUUGCAAUGCAAUGACUGCAUGUGGGGGCGAUGAGCGCCAGUAUGUGCGCUACCGCGUUACCGAAGAGGCCAUCACUGUCGACUUCAACCUCCAGCUCAGCCUGCUAGAUCGUACUUUGGCAUACAUAAAGCUCGAGUACAUGGCACGACCACUCUGGGAACGCCUAGCGGACGAAUUUCCAAACGAUUUAGAAUUUGCCGAAGACAUAUUGAGCGCAGCUCUAUUCUCUUGCGCUCUGCUGACUCGUAACUUUUCAUCGCAGCCGGACACCUUUUUCCUAAAUGCUGCUGUCGGAGUGCUCUUGUUUUCUGACAUGAAGGGGACCAUUGACUUGUUCUUCGGAUGGGCAAACUGGCCCAUCAACGCUGGAUCAUCCGAAGGCGGCCGGCGGCGCUGGUCUGAUGUCGUCAAGGGCGCUCAGGAAGAGACGAGAGACCACCGAUUAAUUGGCCCCGCGACAGAAUGUCCAUGA